AAUAUUUUGAUGUGCGCGUGAUACUAUUUGAUUACAAUGGCAUCUGACCACGGAGUGAUUAAAAUUAGGGACUACGACGACAACAUCGAUAAAAUUCGCAUACAAAAUCUAGAACGCAUAUGUAAAGUAGGUCAAAUGGCGCCAUUUCUCCUCAUGGACACGAUGGGUGACCCCAUUUGCAGAAUACGAAACAGCCCAUUGUUCAAAAUGCUGGUUGCUGAGUUCAAUAACGAGUUGGUUGGAGUCAUUCAAGGUACUAUAAAGAUUGCAAACUGCUGCACCAAUCUUAAAGAUAUACCCAGCGUCGCGGGUUACAUCUUGGGUUUAAGAGUUUCACCACUUCAUCGAAGAAUCGGAAUUGGUUCAAACUUAAUACGGAAUAUAGAAGAAUGUUUUGUUGCAAAUGGAGUUGAUUUUGCGUAUAUGGUUACCGAAAAGGAUAACGAAGCCUCGGUAAAGCUCUUUGUGGACAAGCUUAAUUUUGUCAAAUUUAGUACUCCAUCAAUCCUAGUCGAUCCAGUGAGCCAAUACCACAGCAAGUCCAUAUCACCUAAUAUUCGAAUUAUGAAGCUGACGACUGACAAAGCAGAAAGUCUCUAUAGGAAGUUCAUGGCAACAACAGAACUCUUCCCAUAUGACAUCGAUAACAUCCUGAGAAACAAUUUAAGUUUGGGUACUUGGAUCGCUUAUCAUGAAAGCGGAUUUAGGAGCGAAUUCCGAUCAGAUUCUCCUCCACCAAAUAGUUGGGCUAUGCUUAGUGUUUGGAACAGUUGUGCUGUUUUCAAGCUAAGGGUUGGAAAAGCACCAAUAACUUGGAAAAUUUAUGGAAAAACUUCGAGGUUCAUCGACCGAGUUUUCCCAUGCAUGAAGAUACGUUCAUUAUCAGACAUAUUCAAUCGAUUCGGGUUCUAUUUCAUGUAUGGUUUGUAUUGUGAAGGGCCUGAUUCUGGCUCACUUGUUCAUUCUCUAUGCCAAUUUGUUCAUAACCUGGCUAGAAAGUGCAAGGACUGCAAAAUUAUUGUUACAGAAGUUGGAGGAGGUGAUAUUGAGAAAUUAAAGGUUCAUAUCCCACAUUGGAAAACAUUGUCUUGUAGUGAAGAUUUGUGGUGCGUAAAAGCCUUGAAGAUUGAAGAGCAAAGUACCAUCUCUGAAUUAAUAAGAUGCACACAUCCAAGAACCAUUUUUGUAGAACCUAGAGAGGUUUGA